CACACCACUCUUCUUCUUCUCCUCGCUCUCUCUCUCUCUCUCUAGAAAACAAUAGAGAUUGAUCAAAAACUCGUAACUAAAACCGGAGAGAGAAAACCCCCCCAAACGUAAAGCACCAUAGUAAUGAAGCAAAGCUCAGCGUCCGAGGCGGUCUCAUCGUCUUCUUCAUCGGCGCCCAUUCCCUCGGACCACUUACAGCCAGCCACGUCAUCGUCUUCAUCGGAGAAAACCCCAUCAAUCUCCGCGGCGGCGGAGGACCUGGCGGUAGCGGCGAGGGACGGGGGCGGUGCCCAGGAGACAGUGACUGUCGAUCGUCGUGGGGAGUACUCGGCAGUGUGUCGAUGGACGGUCCAUAAUUUCCCAAAAAUCAAGGCUAGGGCAUUGUGGAGCAAGUAUUUCGAGGUGGGAGGGUAUGAUUGUCGACUCUUGGUAUACCCUAAGGGAGACUCUCAGGCUUUACCUGGGUACAUCUCUAUUUAUCUUCAAAUCAUGGACCCUCGGGGCACAUCGUCCUCCAAAUGGGACUGCUUCGCGAGCUACCGCUUGGCCAUCGUCAACCUUCUUGACGAUUCAAAGACCAUUCAUCGGGAUUCCUGGCACCGAUUCUCAAGUAAGAAGAAAUCCCAUGGUUGGUGCGAUUUUACGCCAUCUUCUACUGUCUUCGAUUCCAAACUGGGUUAUUUGUUUAAUAGCGAUUCCGUUUUGAUAACCGCUGAUAUAUUGAUAUUGAAUGAAUCCGUUAAUUUCACACGGGACAAUAAUGAACUGCAAUCGUCUUCGGCGUCGUCAAUGAUGAUGAUGUCGUCUUCGGUUGUUGCUGGGCCUGUUUCUGAUGUUGUAAACGGAAAGUUCACUUGGAAAGUUCACAACUUUACUUUGUUCAAGGAAAUGAUUAAGACCCAAAAGAUAAUGAGCCCUGUUUUCCCCGCAGGGGAGUGUAAUUUGAGGAUUAGUGUCUAUCAGAGCUCAGUGAAUGGAGUCGAGUAUUUGUCCAUGUGUUUGGAGAGCAAGGACACAGAGAAGACGGUCUUGUUGUCCGAUAGGAGCUGUUGGUGUUUGUUUCGCAUGUCGGUUCUAAAUCAGAAACCUGGCUCGAAUCACAUGCACAGGGACUCCUACGGGCGGUUUGCUGCUGACAAUAAGAGUGGGGAUAAUACCAGUUUGGGUUGGAAUGAUUAUAUGAAGAUGUCGGAUUUUGUUGGGCCGGAUUCGGGGUUUCUGGCUGACGAUACUGCGGUGUUUAGUACAUCCUUUCAUGUAAUCAAGGAGUUCAGUAACUUUUCCAAGAGCGGAGCCUUGGUUGCAGGGAGGGGUGGAAAUGGGGCAAGGAAAUCAGAUGGUCACAUGGGAAAAUUCACUUGGCGGAUUGAAAAUUUCACAAGGCUGAAGGAUCUUUUGAAAAAGAGGAAGAUAACAGGCCUUUGCAUCAAAAGUAGGAGGUUUCAGAUAGGAAAUCGAGAUUGUCGUCUCAUUGUUUAUCCCCGAGGGCAGUCUCAACCACCGUGCCACCUUUCAGUGUUUCUUGAAGUUACAGAUUCACGGAAUACUUCCAGUGAUUGGAGUUGUUUUGUGAGUCAUCGUUUAUCAGUUGUGAACCAGAGGAUGGAGGAUAAAUCUGUCACUAAAGAGUCUCAGAAUCGCUAUUCCAAAGCUGCAAAGGAUUGGGGUUGGCGGGAGUUUGUGACACUUACAAGUCUCUUCGAUCAAGAUUCUGGGUUCCUUGUUCAAGACACUGUUGUUUUCUCUGCGGAAGUCCUUAUAUUAAAAGAGACAUCAGUAAUGCAGGACUUUACAGAUCAGGAUUGUGAUUCUGUAAACGGAAGUUCCCAAGUUGAUGGAGCUGGGAAGAAGAGCUCAUUUACGUGGAAGGUGGAAAACUUCCUGGCUUUCAAGGAAAUAAUGGAGACUCGGAAAAUCUUUAGUAAAUUCUUUCAAGCUGGUGGCUGUGAGCUUCGAAUUGGCGUAUAUGAGUCCUUUGACACCAUAUGUAUAUAUUUGGAAAGUGAUCAGGCAGUUGGUAGUGAUCCAGAUAAAAACUUCUGGGUCAGAUACAGGAUGGCAGUUAUAAACCAGAAGAACCCAACCAAAACUGUUUGGAAAGAAUCUUCUAUAUGUACAAAGACAUGGAAUAAUUCUGUGUUGCAGUUCAUGAAGGUCUCAGAUAUGUUGGAAGCGGAUGCAGGGUUUCUUGUACGUGACACAGUUGUUUUUGUUUGUGAAAUCUUGGACUGUUGCCCUUGGUUUGAGUUUUCAGACCUAGAGGUGUUGGCUUCAGAGGAUGAUCAAGAUGCUUUGACAACUGAUCCCGACGAACUCAUUGACUCUGAAGACAGUGAAGGAAUCAGUGGUGAUGAAGAAGAUAUUUUUAGAAAUUUGCUCUCUAGAGCUGGUUUCCAUCUUACAUAUGGAGAUAAUUCUUCCCAGCCACAGGUCACUUUACGAGAAAAGCUCUUAAUGGAUGCUGGUGCAAUUGCUGGUUUUCUGACUGGACUUCGCGUGUAUCUUGAUGACCCUGCUAAAGUGAAACGGUUGCUUCUUCCAACGAAGCUCUCUACUAGUAAUGAUGGAAAGAAGCUUCCGAAGACUGAUGAAUCUUCACCGAGUUUGAUGAAUUUACUAAUGGGAGUCAAAGUGCUGCAGCAGGCAAUUAUUGAUUUACUUUUGGAUAUAAUGGUUGAGUGUUGUCAACCUACAGAAGGAAGUUCUAGUGGUGAUUCUUCUGAUGCAAACUUAAAAAAUUCUCCAGAUGGAAGUGGGGCUUCUAGUCCUCUUGAAUCUGACAGAGAAAAUGGAGGCACAGAAUCUGCCCAAUAUCCUAUACAUGAGAGGUUAGAUUCUGGUGUUGAUGAAACAAGCAGUGCUUCUGCUGUACAAAGUUCCGAUGUGAAUGAGAUUCGUGUACUUGGGAAAGCUCUUCCUGGACAGCCUAUUUGUCCACCAGAAACAUCUGCUGCAGUUUCAGAAAAUGUGUCUCUUCAGGCAAAGUUGAUUUUCCAGACCAAGUGGCCAGAGCAAUCUGAGGAGCUCUUAGGGUUGAUUGUUAAUUCACUGAGAGCUUUGGAUGGAGCUGUUCCACAAGGAUGUCCUGAACCACGACGAAGGCCUCAGUCUGCUUCAAAAAUUUCUCUUGUGUUAGAUAGAGCUCCUAAGCAUUUGCAGACUGAUUUAGUUGCUCUUGUCCCCAAAUUGGUUGAACACUCUGAACAUCCGCUUGCUGCUUUUGCUCUUCUGGAACGGCUUCAGAAGCCAGAUGCCGAGCCUUCCUUAUGGAUGCCUGUUUUUGGUGCUCUUAGUCAACUGGAAUGCGAUAGUGAAGUUUGGGAGCGAGUUCUACUCAAGUCUUUUGAACUGCUGGCUGAUUCAAAUGAUGAACCUCUUGCUGCAACCAUAGAUUUCAUAUUCAAAGCUGCAUCACAGUGCCAACAUCUUCCUGAAGCAGUCAGAUCGAUUCGCGUUAGGCUAAAAAGUUUGGGUGUAGAUGUUUCUCCUUGUGUCCUUGAGUUUUUGAGUAAAACUGUAAAUAGUUGGGGCGAUGUUGCUGAAACCAUACUCAGAGACAUUGAUGCUGACGACGAUUUCGGUGACAAUUCCUUAACAAGGCAAUGUGGGCUUUUUUUAUUUGGUGAGCAUGAUGGGGCCACUUCUAAGAGGUUGCAUCUGGUGGAUGAGCAAGCUUUUUGUGCUAGUAGUUAUUUUUCUGAUAUCUAUAUUUUGAUUGAGAUGUUAUCCAUCCCUUGUCUGGCUGUCGAAGCUUCUCAAACAUUUGAAAGAGCUGUAUCUCGAGGUGCAAUUGUGGCUCAUUCUGUAGCCAUGGUUUUGGAAAGACGCCUUUCUGAAAGGUUGAAUCUUAAUGCCAGAUUUCUGUCUGAAAAUCUUCAGCAUGCAGAAGAUGAUGUGGAGGGAGAAGUUGAUGAGCAGCUAACAGUCCAACCAGAUGAUUUUACUUCAGUCCUUGGGCUUGCCGAGACUUUAGCCCUCUCUAGUGAUGCUUCUGUGAAGGAAUUUGUAAAGAUGUUAUACACAAUGCUGUUUAAGUGGUAUGCUGAUGAGUCUUACAGAGGGAGGAUACUAAAGAGACUGGUCGAUCGUGCCACCAUUGCUGCAGAUAAUACCCGUGAAGUAGAUUUAGAUUUGGAUAUUUUAAAUACUUUGGCUUGUGAGGAGCAAGAUAUUAUCAAGCCAGUUUUGAGCAUGAUGCGGGAGGUUGCUGAACUUGCCAAUGUUGAUCGAGCUGCUCUUUGGCAUCAAUUAUGUGCCAGUGAAGAUGAAAUUGUUCGCAUACAGGAAGAAAAGAAAGCUGAAAUUGCCAAUCUGGUCAAAGAGAAAGCUAUUGUAUCCCAAAAGCUGAGUGAAUCGGAGGCCAGUAACAAUCGUCUCAAGUGUGAAAUGAAGGCUGAAGUGGACCGCUUUGCCCGGGAAAGGAAGGAGCUUUCUGAACAAAUACAAGAAGUUGAGAGUCAGCUUGAAUGGUUCCGUUCAGAGCGAGAUGAUGAAAUUAGAAAGCUAACUGCUGAAAAGAAAGUGCUCCAAGAUCGUCUUCAUGAUGCAGACACGCAAAUCUCCCAGUUGAAGUCUCGGAAACGGGAUGAAUUAAAGAAAGUGGUAAAGGAGAAAAAUGCUCUUGCUGAAAGGUUGAAGGGUGCAGAAGCUGCACGCAAAAGAUUUGAUGAAGAGCUGAAAAGAUACGCCACAGAGAAUGUAACCCGAGAGGAAAUACGGCAAUCUCUUGAGGAUGAAAUUCGACGAUUGACUCAGACAGUUGGACAGACUGAAGGAGAAAAGCGGGAGAAGGAAGAGCAGGUUGCUCGCUGCGAAGCAUAUAUUGAUGGGAUGGAAUCAAAAUUGCAGGCUUGCCAGCAAUAUAUUCACACACUGGAGGCUUCUCUUCAAGAGGAAAUGUCUCGCCAUGCUCCGCUGUAUGGUGCUGGACUGGAGGCUCUAUCAAUGAAGGAAUUGGAGACUCUAUCACGCAUCCAUGAAGAGGGACUAAGGCAGAUCCGCACUCUUCAACAGCGUAAUGGCAGUCCUGCCGGUAGUGCUCUUGUGAAUCCCCACUCUCUCCCCCACAAUCUAUACCCUGCAACACCACCCCAAGUUGCUGUUGGAUUGCCACCUAACCUCGUUCCGAAUGGUGUUGGGAUCCAUAGCAAUGGGCAUGGUGCAGUUGGACCCUGGUUCAACCAUACAUGAAUUCUGAAAGCACAGCUUUCUUAAUGUUGGUAUGGGCAUUCGUUCACCCAUUUUUUUCUCUACAAAUCUUUUUCUUAUUCCUCAGUUAUUUCUUGGCAUUUUGACUGGUAGUACUAUUGGAACACAUGGGGGAGAAAGGAUAGAUGGAAGAUGAACCGGGUAGGGUUAUAGUUACUUUAUGCGAGGAAGCAAGUCUAUUAGAACUAACAGUUGCAAAUGCCUUACUGAUAUUCGUAAUUUUUUCUCAUUCGCAAAGUCAAUUAUAGGAGUUUUGCUUAAUGCCA